GGGCCUCCGGCUGCAUAGUCCACAUUUCCCAGGCGCAUCAUCAGAGCUGACGUGGGCUCUACGUGUGCAGCGAGUCGGGCUUCCUCUGCACCCGUAACGAGUGACGAGACUCUACGUAAAAGUCGGGCCGAUCGCCAUGGAAACUGCAACCUUAGCACAACAGGAAGCCAGUGCAACUGAGAAAGUAACAAGUGAGAUGAAUGAGGGUGUGUCUGUGGUGUCAUUACCUGAUGGACAGACACUGCAGGUGCAGGGAGUCAUUCAGACCACACAGCCCUCUGUUAUCCAGUCACCUCAGAUACAAACUGUGCAGGUAGCUGAUGAUACUGGUGGAUCGGGUGCAACAUCAUCAGAUCCUCAGAAGAGAAGAGAGAUUCUGACCAGACGACCGUCUUACAGGAAAAUUCUUAAUGAGUUGUCAUCAGAUGUGCCUGCUGUGCCUAAGAUCGAGGAAGAGGAGAAAGUGGAGGAAGAAGCCCUGGCCACCUCCAGUGUUGCCACAGUGACGACACCAUCUUCAAUCUACCAGACCAGCUCAGGGCAAUACAUUGCAAUCACUCAGGGUGGAGCGAUACAGCUGGCCGGCUCUGGUGGAGAGGCCCUGCAGGGGGUUCAGGCGCUGACUCUUCCCACCACACCGCAGCCUGGGGCCACUAUUCUGCAGUACGGCGCCCAGUCUGGAGACCCCGGCCAACAGCUACUGCUCACUGCUGGACAGGUGCUCGUUCAGGCUGCCACAGGAGACAUGCCCGCAUAUCAGAUCCGAUCCCCGUCAUCAGGGUUACCACCAGGCGUCGUUAUGGCAGCAUCACCGGGGGCCAUGCACAGCCCACAGCAGAACGCAGAGGAGGCCACACGCAAAAGAGAAGUCCGCCUGAUGAAGAACAGGGAGGCGGCGCGCGAGUGUCGCAGAAAGAAGAAAGAAUACGUGAAGUGCUUGGAGAAUCGUGUCGCUGUGCUGGAAAACCAGAAUAAGACUCUCAUAGAAGAGCUCAAAGCUCUUAAAGACAUCUACUGCCACAAACCAGAAUAACUCUCACAAACACUGCACAAGGACUGUGUGAUUCACACUCUACCUGUCUCUUCUCUUCUUCUGUUGCAUCGCCUGGAUUUUAGCGUGUUUUGUUCAUUUGUUUGGCCAAAUGUUUUUAUAAGAAGUUGCUAAUGUUGCUUUGAGGAUGCUCCUCACACACACACACACACACACUUACAUUUUAAGAUGGGCGUAUACUAUUGCUGUUCUCUGUGUUUUUAAAAAAACUGGAACUCUUCAUUGAUUUGUGUGGAAAAAUAUGUGUUUUUCUUUUUUAGGUUGAAAUCCUAAAAAAGUGUGUAGCCAUGUUAACUGGCUACACACUGCACACAUAAACAGCAUUUUUGGUGUUAAGCUAAUUUUUGAUAUGCACAGAAUUUAGCAGUAAAUACACUGUAAACCCAUUUGAAGCAACAUAAAAUGAUGGAUUAAUAGCAGCGACAAUCUAUUCAGUAAACCUCACUGACUCUACAAAGCUACAAAUUACAUUUUGCAUUUAAAUUGGGUCUUUUUCCUCAUGUAAAUUAGAUUUCAAUCAAGUUUGCACAUUUCAAUAUAGAAUAAAAAAAUACCUAAUGUAGUACUCCGGAAAUCGCUAUAUUUUUAGUAUAGAGUCACAACUUUAGUUAAUGCUGUUUAUGUGUGCAGUGUUAAAUGCCUAAUUGUUAAAACACAAAACUUUCCACUGAUUGUUUUUUUUUGUUUUUUUAAUGUAAGUGAAAUUAUGUGCAUUAGAUUGAACUGUUUGUAGUUGUUUAUUAGUUGUCAUUUGAGCUCAUGGAUGAAUGUAACGAUGACCUAAAACUUCACCAAGAAACGUGACAUAAUGUUGACGCAAGUGUUUAAACGGAUAGUUCACCCAAAAAUGUACAGCUUGUAUGCUGUAUGUGUUUCUUUGUUCUGUUGUACACAAAAGAUGACAUUUUAAAAGAAGUCUCAUUGUUUUUUUGUUGUUUUUUUGGCCAUACAAUGCAAGUCAGUGGGGUCCAAUGUUGUUUUGGACCUCACUGUCUUAUAUUGUGUAGACAAAACCAGUUCUUCAAAAUACCUUCGAAGUCAUACGGGUUUGGAAUUACGUGAGGGUGAGUAAGUGAUGAGAAUGUUAAUUUUAUGGGUGAACUGUCCUUUUAAGACUACUCCUAACUAACAGAUUUUUCAUUUAGCACUCUUUUGUUCAAUUUGUAGCAUAAGCACACCUAUGUCAUUUGCUUCAUCUCGGUAAAAUUAAGUCAUUUUGUUAAAAUACGUUUUACCAUACCUUCUCAAUAUGCAGAGACAAACUAUUAAUGAACCAUUUGUAGGUUGAUUGCUCUGUUUGUUUGAGCAUCCCAACAUAGCAACAUUGGCUCAACCAAUAGAGUGAUUUUGAGGCGGAUGAUCUAUCUGUUUUUAGAUGGAGGGAGAGUUUUGGAAACCUGUUUGAACAUGUUUAUUUUUUUCAAAUCCAUUUUGUGAAGCUAGAGGCAGGGAAAUUACUCUUGAGCUUAAUGCUUAGUUUAUUUGUGCUCCAGUUCAUAUAACGUGACGAACAGUACAUGACUUUUGCAUGAACGAAGGAAAAAGGUGUAACAUUAUGAAUUGUGAACAUGAUACUUAUGUGGAUGUCACCAAAGUUGCUUUUGAUGUAAUAUUGUGUAUUAUUUUAAAUCUCAGUCAUUUGUAUUUCAUUGUUUAUGAUAGUAGAAAAGAAUUGUGAAAGAAAAGAGGCUUUUGUGAGUAAUAAGAAUACAGAUUCUCUAAAUCAGACAAGUGGCAUUAACUGAACAGAAUUCCUCAUAUUUCAGCUGUUAGGAUGCCGGUGUGUGUGUGUGUAUCUUCUGUUUUCUCAGACUAUGCUAGUCAACUUUAUCUUCACUUACAGCCAGUCACAUUUCUGUGUUUCUAUGAUGAACUAUUCUAUGAAGUCUGGGCAGAAAAUGGAUUUGGUUUAAUAUUUAAAUAGCUUAUGUUUUCAAUUAAUCUCUCAAUUAGAUUGAUGUUAAUAUAACAGAUUGUAUGCCCUGCCCUUCUUUAACACUGUACAGAGCACUGACAUCUAUUUUUAAUAAAAUAUUUUUGUAAAUGUA